GUACGCGUUCAACUCCCGUCAACAGCGCGCUUGCGCCUGCGCAGCCUACUAACAAAUAGUUUUUAAAAUCGCUAAGGUUUUGUAAAGUGGAUUUCAGUGAACUCAUAAGGACAUGUGAACAGUGUAAUACACCUACCUACAAAAAUUGGUACUACAUACUGCAGUGACUUUUAAAAAGUGAUCAUUACCUGUUUAUGGUCUGUAUAGUGCUUCUAUUGUUGUACGCACUACCACUGAUCUUCUCACCUGUCUCACCGCCUGCUGACUGUGACCACUGUGAAAUGUGACAAAAAAUUGCAAAGAGCGACUAUAGUGAUGGUGGUGUAAACUUUGCGGGUGACUACCUGACGUUUGAACGAUCGAUCGGACGACCAGUCAACUUAUGUAUUUAUGCCGUGAUGUCAGACAACGGUGGCGCAGUUGUGACUAGGGCAUCUUCACCUGGCCCUAUUUCUGAUACUCCUGUGACUGCACCCUUGAGAUCUAGACAUGAUCAAUUUCUGGCAAAUUCCACAGAACGGAAUCAACAAAGGCCAUCUUCUAAUGGACGAAAUCCAAGUAACAAUUUUGACACACAACCAAUACCGUAUCACCGCCAGAUGAACUCUAGCUCCAUAUUAACAGCAACACAUCGUGAAUCCUCAGCUUUUGUUCCUGUUGUUCCCACACGAUCUAUACAUCCAGUUAUCUAUCCUAACGAAAUGCACCCUGCAUUAAUACAAUCAGAAAUAAUUGAGCGAGAAAGAAUGAUGGAAAGAGAAAGGGCUGAACCUGCGAAAGGAUCUCCCGAUAGAUCAACGGGCAGUUUUCCUAAAAGAAAUUCUUUUGAUUUAAUGGCUAUGAUGGUGGAGAAACGUAAAGAAGUUGCUCUGCGUGAAGCUGCUGCAGCAAUGUUGCUCCCUCACCAUAGAACCUCAUCAAUGGACGGUAUGAUAUCUGAUGGAUCAUCGCAACCACCUAUGUAUGGACCUCCAGGCGCAUUCCUUACUGCUCCUGGACCGUCACCGACAGCAGCUGGAAGUUUUACUUUCCCAGGGGCAGGAUUGUUUCCACCUGGGGCAGGUCCACACCAAAUGCAUCCACAUUUAGACCGACGACUACUAAGAGCGCCAGGAAGAGCUUCACGACCGAAAAAGCAAUUUAUAUGCAAAUUCUGUAAUAGACAGUUCACAAAGUCCUACAAUUUACUAAUUCAUGAACGGACUCAUACUGAUGAACGGCCAUAUUCCUGUGACAUCUGUGGGAAAGCUUUCCGAAGACAGGAUCAUUUACGUGAUCACAGGUACAUCCACUCUAAGGAAAAGCCGUUCAAAUGUACAGAAUGCGGUAAAGGAUUCUGCCAAUCCAGGACGUUGGCUGUUCACAAAAUUCUUCACAUGGAAGAGUCGCCUCACAAAUGUCCAGUUUGCAGUCGUAGUUUCAAUCAGAGAUCUAAUCUCAAAACUCAUUUACUAACACAUACAGAUCACAAACCAUACGAGUGUAAUUCGUGUGGAAAGGUAUUCAGAAGAAACUGCGAUUUAAGACGCCAUGCACUGACCCACGCGGUAGGAGAUCUACCUCCAGGUACUGAUGUUUUAGAUGUAGGAGAAGAAGAUAUUGGAAGACCCGGUUCGCCUAUCGAACCAGGAUUUGAUGAUGAAGACGCUGAAUUAUCUUCACCAGAGCAUUCACCUGUAAGGCGUGCUCGAUCAUCUUCGAUUGAAAGUCUUGGACGAGAACAGAGUGAAGAAAGAGCACGACGAGCUUCUCCUUCUGCCGUUGAGCGAACACACUGCCAUCACAAUGAACCAAGAGAUAGAGCCAGUCCCUAUACAAUGCGUCCACAAUACCCAGAAAAAGGUCGUGGUCACUCUUCUGAUAUGUAUGAAAAAAGACGCUUUACAUCUGACGAAAUAAUAAAGAAAGAGAUGGGUUAUGCAGACAUAUCUGAAGCACCAAUAAGACAUCCACAAUUGCAGAUACGCAGAGAUCUUCACCAAAUUCUUCCUCCGGAUUCAAUUAAAAUGGGACAAAUGUCAAGCCCGCCUAUUGAUCCUGGAACAUCGGGAAUGUACUUAUCUUCAUACAGAAAGAGAAGUCACCCACCAGAUAUCUCGGAUAACAUAAGAACGUGUCCACCGGCAUAUAGAAGUCGGUCACCAGAACCUACUAACUUAUCGAUGCCUCGACAAUCUAUUGGAAGCGGGGAGGUAGUAGUUGGAAUGCCACCAACCAUGAUGGGAAUGGCGACUUAUCAUAAAUUCGGAAUACCAAUGCCACCACCUCAUACACAAAUUACUUAUAGUCCCGUAUCGCACACUGUUUUGGGGCCACAGCAAACUGUUGCUCAAGAUUUGAUAGUUAAACAUGCGCCUCCUAAAGAUACGAUCACAAGUUCUUCCACAAAUGUUACGAUUUCAAACGACGGAUUGCAAACCGUCUCAAAAUAUUCUGUAGAAGCUAACUCAGAUGCUAUUGUAAAUGGCAUUAAAAAUAUAGUGGGAAUACAGCUUAAUGCAAAUGCGAAGCCAGGUGCAAGUCAGUCCAGUGGACCUAAAAAAGGUUUCAGUAUAGAAGAUAUUAUGAGGCGUUAAUAUAAAGUGAACUGUUAAUUUAUGUAUGAAGUGAAAAUAUUGAUUUGUUUGCUAGUUUUUAUACGCAAUUUACCUAUAUGUGUUUAGACAUAAACUUUUUGUCUCAAGUAUUAUUAGUUGAAGUUCGUAAAAUAAUAUUGUAAAAUGGUAGAGGUAUGUUUGUACGUAGUUGCAAUGUGGAUUUGGUUUUCGUAAAGAUCUCAUAUGGUUUGUUUGUGCAGUGUUUUUUUACCUCCAAAUUUUAAAAGUUAGUUAUCAAAAUUUAAGACAAUAGUUUUAAACAAUUUUUUAUUUCCUAUAUUAUUAUAUAAUGUUCCAUGUUAGAAUAAAACAAUAUGCAAAUAUUGGCAUUCUAAAGUGCUAUUUUUGGUUUUAAUUGUAUUUACUUAUUAAGAUUAAGAUAAACGUAUAAUUUAAGCAAUGUUAAAAAGUGACUGGACUUAGACAAUAGGAACAACUGUUAUUUAUUGUUUAACUGUCUAUUAUUAUAUAUAAAUUAUAAGCAGAAUAAGUAGAUUUAAAUUAGUAUUAACGUGUGUAUUUAUAGUAAUGGGGCUGUAUAUAAAUGAUAAUUUUUAAUUUAAUAUAACUUUUUUUGGACUAAUGUCGCAGAUUCAGAUAUUUCAUUAUGAAGCAUAAUGUAAUAGUUAUUUUUAUAAAAUACAAAACAAGAGUUUGCAAUAAAAUGUUGAGCAGUAAAUUUCAAAAUAACUUUGGCUAUCCACAUAAUAUAUGACAUUUUAAUUGUUAUAGAUGUUUGUUGCACAGGUGUUAUUUAAAAACAAAUUGUAAUGUAUUUUUGUAACAAUUAUUUG